UUUUGUAAACGAUUUUGGAUAGCGAAAUAAAAGUGGUUAAAAUGCGUUCUUUCCUGCUCAUAACACUGUUUAUUUGUUUGACGACGAUUGCGCUCGCCAGGCCUUCUCGACUUGACGACAGGAGUGAUACUAGUGAAGUGGAAGAGAACGAGUAUGAAGCUAACGAAGAAGAAAAUGCAGCGGAAGACAACGUGCAAGAAAAUGAAGACUCCAGAUUAAGUGACCAGGAAGCGGGCGAUACUGCUGCUGAUGAAGAGUCAAGGAACCAGCAACCUAUGAGAUUUGGUAGAGAGAAAUACCCCCAACGGAAUUACAUGGAAGAAGCGGAUCGUCCUAGAGCCAAUGCCGAUGGUUUUUCAGAGUGUAAUCGAGGCAGAGGCAAGGGAGAAAAAUUUGAGGAAACAAUACAAGCCAACAAUGAAUUACCAUCGUUCUCUAAACGCCGCCAAACAAACCGUUACAUAGACAACAGUGACGUAAACGACCCUCCUGAGAAAGUACAACACUUGACCAACAACUACAAAACAAAUCGCGUACAAGGAGAUAGUCGAAACAAUGAAUACGACAAAAGAACUAUCGAUUCACAGACCUCAUCAUUGGACGAUAGUGAUGCUAUAUUUGAUAACAACAGAGAAAAUAGAAAUAGUGGUGAAAAAGUUGAAUACAAUAAUGAAGUGGCUGACUCCAGUGAGCAAUCCCGGCAUUUCAAACAGUAUUACAACACAAUGCAAUCGGAGCAUAAAAGCAUGCUUGGGGAUAAAAACUAUGAAAUGGGCAAUCGUGACAGACGCCAAGCGGAAGCCAGCAAUAAUAUUAAUUUAUCCAGUACUUCGACUGAAAAGGAAAUGAUAUCAGCUGAAAUUUCGAAUGAAGAAGAUGAAGCCGCCAUUAGACGUCACAUUAAAAAACUUUCGGGAGAAGAACUAGAAGAACUGCUCAACUCGCUCUCAGAUGAUAAAAAAGCUCUUCUUAAUAGAAUCAUUGACAAUGAUCGUAACGCUUAUGACACCGUCAAUAAGAGGGAAAUAACGAAAAAAGCAGGCGCCGUCGAAGAAAAUAACUACAUAGACAGUGGGAUGUCUGAAAUUAGUAAAGUCCAAGGAGGAAGCCCGUCUAUUGAUAUCAAUACUGAAUCUGCAGUCUCGCAGAGCGCAGACUUAGAAAAUACAAAACAGGAAAGCCAAACCGAGAGCGUUGAUAUAUCAACCAAAACUGCGGAUACAACCCGAGCUGAGACGCCUGAAAGUAGAGCUGAACUAUUGAGCGAGCCAAAUGACGCCGCUACUAAUAGCAAGUUGGAUAGCAGCGCCUAUGACACCAACGAUGCCUCAUCAAGUGUACAGUCCACAAAAACGGAAAACAAGCGGGAAACUAAUGUAGAUUACUUCAAAAACCCAGAUGGAUCCUUUGACGAUACUCAAAUAUCAGAUAAUUAUUUUAACACCAAGGACGGUGAUGAUUCUUUCAAUGAUCAAGGUCAUUUUUGUUCUCAAGAUGUCGAUUUGUCGCAAUUAAUUGACGAAGAAGCUCAACUUCACAACAAUGAACAUCAAUACAAACGCGAAAUUCAAGAUAACAGCGUAGAUGUAGAUGAUUCUAUGAAGUCUUUAGAAGAAUCAUUCCCAAAUAGCAAUUGUGAAGAAAAUGGACAAUACUUUGAGUCAAAUAUGGCGCCUCUAGUUAGAGUAAAAAGGAAAGAUGACGAUUUGGUAAUAAAAAAGAGGGCUGCUGCAGUUUUACCAGAUGCCAAAGUGGCGUUUUUCCCAUAUAAAGCUGAGAAUGAUGACGUGGAUACCGAUGAGGGCAGCGAAUUUGAAGAUGAUGGUUUCUAUGAUCGUACAUCGAACUAUGCUAAAAAUGAUGCCAAUAAACCUGGGGAUAACACUGACACAAAAUAUGGUGUUCGUUCCGUUCAAUCGAAGGCUAAUGUUGAAGAAGAUUCUAAGCCAGAAGACUCCGCAAAUGACAAAGUUGAAAGUGAUACUAUGAGUCUCGGUUCGGAUACCGACAGCGUUUUGUCUGGCGUUGAAGGUGUGGACGACAAUCUUAUGUUCAACAGUGGUAGCCGUAACCGGCGUACAGCUGAAGAUCCAGAAGGUAUCGACCAAGGUAGACCCCUGCGCUCCACUCCAUCACCAGAAGAGAACGCAAAGCUUCCUGACAGUUUCAUCAAUGUACCAAAUUACCAGGAAUCCGAUGCUUUUGGUUCUCUUCCACGGAACUACGAAGGUGAGUUGGGUCGGUAUAAAAGAAUAAGACGUGUCAAACCACCUGCACUAUCUGAUGCGACAGCCUGAUGAUUAAUAUUUUCUACUUAUGAUACAAACAGUUUGAUAUGUUUAAGCAUUUUGAGGUCUCUUAGAACUAGUUUGUAGAAUGUUAAUUUACAUUGUUUUAGAUUUGUUUUAAGUUGAAUAAUAUGUUGGUGUGAUGGCACGUCAUUAAA